AUGGAAAACAAAAAUCUUCAUUCAAAUGUAUAUUUAAAUAAGAAAAAUCAUAUCAACUUUGGAAAUAAGUAAUGGCAUCUAUUUUAGAUUGGCAAUGAAGAUAAUCAGCCAUGUUAAUAACUCUCUUUAAUAACUAAACCAAAAAUGAUUAAUUCAUUUUAAUAAUAGUAGUGCGAGAUUAUUCCAACAAAUAUCAAAAAAUAAAAAAAUCAAUGUCAAUUUUGCCCAUAAAGAUUUAAGAAUCAUAAAGCUCUUGGAGGACAUAUAUCUAAAAAACAUAAAGGAAGUUCAAAAAAAUAUAAUUAGAAAAUGAGAUCAUACAAACGAAACACUCAAACAAGGUUUAACAGGAAAAUUCUAACAAAAUAUAUAAGAAGUUUAUUUGGAUUUGAAGAAUAAGUAGACCAAUGA